AUGCCACAAAUCACUCCGGGCAUGGCUGUUCGCAUAUCGGACCUCCUGGUAGAUUGGCCAUGGACCAGAAAGGUCAGCCCGUUUUACGAGGAGUGCAGGAGGGAGUCCUGGGCUUGGUUUGAGGGCUUCAAAGCCUUCAGCCCGAAAGCACAGAAGGCCUUCUAUGAGGGCGACUUCAGCCUCCUGGCCGCAAUGGCCUACCCUACUAUUGACAAAGAGGGGCUCCGGGUUGCUUGCGACUUGAUGCAGGUGUUCUUCGCUUUUGACGAAUACUCCGAUGUGUCCGAUGAAAUCGAUACGCGAAAACAGGCCGACGCACUCAUUGAUGCUCUUCAAAACCCCGUUGCCCCCCGACCUGAAGGUGAAUGGAUCGGCGGAGAGAUCACCCGGCAGUUCUGGUUCAGCGCUAGAAACUACUUCACACCGCUUGCCCAGAAGCGCUUCUUAGAGAAGAUGCGGUGCUACACAGACGCAGUGAUAGAGCAGUCCUUUGACCGGACCCACCACCAGGUCCGAGACGUGGAGAGCUACUUCGAGAUUCGCCGUCAUACCAUCGGCGCCCUGCCCUCCAUCGUUGUCUGCCAGGCACGAUUCAACAUUCCCGACCACGUGGUCGAGAAUCCUGUCAUUAGGCGCCUGGAAGACUAUACGGUAGAACUGAUCGUCAUAGCAAACGACAUGUUUUCGUACAAUGUCGAACAGAGCCGCGGCGAUGAUGGACACAAUUUGGUUACCGUCCUCAUGACCCAAUACAGGUUCGAGUUGCAGCAAGCGUUUGAUUGGAUCGGCGCUAUGCAUCGCGAUCUGGAGAAACGUUUCCAGACAGAUCUGAACAACUUGCCAUACUUUCCGGAGGUGAGUGAGGAGGUCAAUAGAGAGGUUCGGGAAUACGCAUGGUCCUUGGGGGCAUGGAUUCGAGCAAACGAUUCGUGGAGUUUCGAGAGUCCUCGUUACUUUGGGACCGAUGGGCCUCGUUUGUACAAGGAGCGAGUGUUCACUGUGUUGCCAAAACGAGAGCACAUUGGGCUGUAG